AUGAUCGUGGACUUGGUGACUGCAACACAACAAGAACAAUGGGGCGAGAGCGCGAAGAUUCUGUACAACCACUGGUUGACUGUGUGUCCCAAACUUUUCGCUCCAAAUCCCGAUCAUCCUUGGGAACAGCCUCACAAUGAUAAGCUAAUUAGUCAGUUUGAAUAUCUUGUGGUUUUGAAGCUGCUGGAAUUUAGAUGAAGAGCUGUUCGUUCCUCUGACGAGCGCAUUUUGCGCCGACUCGGGCAACCAAUCGGCGACGCUCCUGCCUCUCAACGAUAUCGCUGGAACUAGUCCGCAGCAGUCUUCCGGUCACAUUUGCGGCCAUGUCUUUCGUUCUGGGGAGCUCACCUACACCUGCAAGUAUGAUUCGACUUUUCUCAUCAUUUUGUUUCCUUAGAAAUCACUAUAGUUUCGUUUCUUUCAUGUUUUUUUUUUCAGAGAUUGUGCGACAGAUGUUACGUGUGUCAUGUGCCUGGCUUGUUUUGAAUCAUCCAUUCACAAGAAUCACAAGUACAAGGUAACCGGGAUGUUUCAAUUUCCAAACGAACUACCCAUUUUCAGAUGCACGCCUCGAGUGGCUCUGGCUACUGCGACUGCGGAGAUGUCGACGCCUGGAGCGAAGGCCACGUUUGUUCUAUCCAUUCUGUGAAAGAGUGAGACUUCCACCAAUAGUUCCUCUUCAAAAUGGAUGAUUUAGAAACUCGGAAUUGACGCAAAUGAUGCCAGAAGACCUCGUAGUGAGGGUCCGACGGCUCAUCGAAAUGAUCCUCGGCUACUGCGUUUCUUUGAUUUCUUAUGAGGAGUGCGACACUUUGCCGCCUCUUCUGCAGAGGUAUUACUUGAAGGAAAAUUGAGUUCAGAGUUUUUUCGACAAUUAAAAACUAGCAACUUGAAAUAAAAAGGGGAAAAGUAAGCACUAUUUUUCGAAAUUCACUUGAAUAAUUUUUUUGAUAUUUUGUCACGAAGCAAACGAGUAUAUUCCGGUCAUAAUAAAGAGAAAUUUUCAAGGAAGGUUAGAGUUUUAACUUUUCAUUAUUCGAACAAUUUUAAACUACAUUUUCUUUUUACUCGGAGUUUUCCAGAUGCCUAGAUAGAGUACUAUCCCGUGGUAAAUUGCACUCUGACAAUUUUUUUUUUCCGAGGGAAUCAUAAAUUUUUUUUUUCAUAUAUUUUUUCUGAUAUCACCACUUCAAACAGAAAGCAAAGAGUAGCGGGAAAAUAGGGAAGAUCUCAUUAUUAUUGUUGAAAUAAUUCAUGAUUUUUAUUCUAAAACAUAGAUAGACAAGUACAGAACUCAUUCAGGAGGAUAGGUUGGCCUACAAAAUUUUUUUAAUAAUCAGGAACAAAAUCAAGUUUCAGCCACAGGAAGGUAGUAAUAAGUUUAAUUUAGUAAAAAUCGGGAGGAGGCGCCUUUAAACAUGGUCUGGCCAUGUAUGUUCUCAAAGCCGCGUUUAAAGAAUUUCGAGAAGAAACUUUCAAAUAUGAAGAAUAUUUCAUUGAUUUUCACUUUCAAAGUUUGCAGGGCUGCCUCUUCAACCGCACCCUGUGCUCCUCAUCACUUCCUAACAGUUCUUUACAACGACGAAACUCAUACCUACGAAAACGUACGUCGUUUUUUCUCAUCAGAUAAUUGUUCUUUCUGAAGGUUAUUCGAGUUCUCGAACUGUGCAUUCACUGCUCCAAAGACCAGGCCAUGCUCGUCGCGACGAUUGUGGACCGAGAAGGUCGCAGCGCCGUCAAAAUGUCCAACAAGGGCGAUUGCAUAAAAGUGAAGGAAGAUGUCAUGGUUCGUCUUGAUUUCUGCGUGAAAGUUGAUAAUCUGAGAUUUAAAGGUUUCUUUCAUCUUAGGAAUUUCAGAGUGGUCCCUAUAGGGGUUAGGAGGAAAUCCAGCCCCUAUAGGGACCGAAAAGUGGUCCCUCUAUUGGUAAAAACAAGUGUUACGGUAUUCAUUUUUCGAAUAUAGGGGCCGAAAAAGUGGUCCUCUAGGGAUAAAAACAAGUGUUAGACUGCUAUUUGAUAGCUUUUACAGACCCUAAACCCCGUAUAGAGUCCCUCAAACCCUAGAGGUUAAGUGUUCCCUAUAGGGGUCUUUCAAUUUUAUUCUAAAAUCGUUUGUUUUUCUCAUGAAAAUACUUCUUCGCUUAGAGUUCAGAACAAUUAUCGACUAGCAUCUCCCCUCUAGGGACCACUUCUGCAAGCUUUAAUGACCCCUAUAGAAGUUGGUAAAGCUGUCACUAGAGGGACCCUCCGAGGCCCUCAUUAUUUUAGACUGUUCUCUUGAAAAAAAAAGUUAUCGACUAGCAUGUCCCCUCUAAGGAUCAAAAAAGUUUAUUGAAAGCAAAAAAUGAAAAGAAACUGGAGCCAUUUUGUGCGUCAGGCUGGGUGUUUAGAUUCAACUAGAGUUAUUACUUUUUCAGGCUUUCAGUAGAGUUUUUAUUCUUUUUGGCUAAUUAUGAUGUUUAUUUUUCAGCGGCGGACUCAACGUGACGUCAAUGCGCAGAAUAUGAGACGGUUGAAUCAAGAUAGAAACCUCCCGUUGCAUGUCAAGGUUUUGGUUUUCGAAAAGCCUUGCGUUAAAACAUUCGGUUGAGGUGAUGGAUAGCGAUCUUUUUGCUCAUCAGAACCAUGCGAUAAGCCUGCUCGCUUGGCUUUGCGCUCAAAUGGAGAACUUUCGUUAGUUUUCGAGCCAAAACAUCGGAAUGGCCGUUUUUUUCAGCCCCACUUCGGAGAAUAGUCGGCGACGUGCUGCUGUACAGCACGUUUCCACUGGAACGGCGAGGGAAGCGGACCAAGUCGAUGGAGCACAAUUACGCGAGCCAGCCGCCGCCCAAGAGUCCCACGGAGGUCGUGGUUGAGCUUCCGCCAGAAACGACGCCGUCGAACGAGAAAGAAGAAGUCCCGGCCGAAGAUCUUCAGAUUCUUUCAUUUGCCGAACUUCUCCUGAAGUGCGACUCGGUCAUGUGGAAAGGUUUGUUAGUGUUAGGUAUUCCACAGUGAUCCCUAUAGUGGUUAGGGGGAAAACCAGACCAUCAGGGCCGAAAAAGUGGUCCCUGUAGGGAUUACUAACUCUUCAAGGGCCUCUUAGAAUGUCCUUAUACUUAGGAAUUUGAAUGGUCUAAAAAAAAGAAUGGUCCCAAUGGGGUUAUGGGGCCGAAAAAGUGGUCCCUGUAGGGAUUACUAACUCUUCAAGGGCCUCUUAGAAUGUCCUUAUACUUAGGAAUUUGAAUGGUCUAAGAAAAGAAUGGUCCCAAUGGGGUUAUGGGGCCGAAAAAGUGGUCCCUAUAGGGGUCUAGGGUCUGACACAUUAGCUCCUAAAACUAGUAGAUCCUACAGGAUUUCAUUCAAAAACGCUUACAUAUUUUAGUUUCCUAUGAAAAUGCUUCUUCGCUUAAGGUCCAUAACAAUUAUCGACUGGCAUGUCCCCUAUAGGGACCAGUUUUGCACGCUUUAACGGCCCUAUAGGAAUUGGUAAAGUGGUCCCUAGCGAGAAUUCUUCAAGAGCCCAUAAUUUUGUCCCUAUAGGGACCACUUUGCAACCCCCGAGGUCCUCAUUGAAUUUAUUCUUUCAUUUAUCUUUUUCAGCGGCUCGUGUGAGUAUCCACCAGAUGUUGAUGAAGACUGUUCUGAUGAAUUUGGAUCAAAAAUACGAAUUUGCAAGAGUUUUCAUGAGGGUUUGUGAGGAUAGCACCUUGAUUGAUUUAUUCCCAUCUGUUUGAAGAAUUUCGACCAGCUCUACCACAAUUUCAUCGAAGACGACCACGACAUGGACGUCUCGGUCAUCAGUUUGACUGUUCAAUUUCUGACUGUACCCACGAUUGCGAAGUAAUCUGACCUUUUUAUCCUUGAUUGGUUCCACUGUGCAAUAUUCAGACGUUUGAUAGCAGAAGAAGACGCGCUCUCGAAAGUCAUCGAAACUCUUCUCAGUCACACCGCGUCUUAUUUGAAAAGUAGUCAUUGGCCGAGAAAGCCCCCAACGUCGAUCAUUUUUUUAGGAGAUGAACAGGGAAACUUGCUCACUCGGUUCGAUUUCGCGACGAGGACAUUCCCGAAUUCGCUUCGGAGAGCCAUGCAGAUGACACGAGACGGAGGGUUUCUUCCAAUUCGGUUUCCUCCUCUCUACACCUUUUCUUCCAGGUACAUGCUCAAUUCCCUGCCCACUCCCUCCGAAUGGAGUGACGACUUGCGGAAAAACUUCCUGCAGUCUUUCGACCGCCUCACCGAGUUUCUCGACCGGAUCGAAGGCAUGGACGAGGUGAAGCGCCAGUCGGUCGAACACCAAGUCUGGGACUCCGAGUGGGAAACCGCCUUCAACAUCCAGAUCCGCAUCAAAGACGUCAUCUCCAUGAUGGUCGCCUGGGCCAACAGCGACGUCUGACCUCUCUCCCGAGCUUUGAAUUCAAGAAGAGCUUUCAGAAAGUCGUCCACAACGAGAUUCUCAGUCGAUGUCUCACGGCGUGGGACCGGCAUCCAGUGACCGUCUUGCCUGGUGAAAACGGCGAAACUCAUUUCCUCGUCAACAGUGAGUCAAUGUGUAAUGAUUCUCAUUCGGGAAGUUGCAGUCGAUGGCGAGCAAACGUACGUCAAAGCGUUCGAAGUCUCUCGAGGCGGUGUCUCGAUCCAUCAUCCGCUGGUUCGGUUCACCGCCGCCUUGUUCAUCUCACCUUUCUGCGUCGAUUUCUUUCUGAAAUCGCCGGAAGAAUUGACCGAUUCGGAGAAAGGAAUCGUUGAAGCUGUUUCGAAUCUUGGCCGCGACUUUUAUGAGCCUUCUCUUAGGUAUUUAUGAUUUUGUUCUUGUGUGUUUUAGAAAAAAUUGGGCUGUGGAACUUAUUAGGGAACUUUUUCAACCUAAAGAGAAGUGAAAUAGCUCAAGUUUUUUAAUUAAAUAAUAAGAAAUUCAUCUCUGUUCGAAGGGCUUGAUUAGAACUUUCUGUAGGAGAACUGAGUUAUUUUGGCUUCCGAAUCGCUAUUUUUAGCCAUUUGCCCCAUGCGCGGUCGAUUUUCUACCAGUUUUCUACCUAGGCUUUUUUUUGCAGCAUUAUGGCAAUUUCUAGAAGACGUAAAUUCUGAAAAAAACGCUUCAGAAUGCAGAAAUUCUAGGAAAUUCCCAACCGCAAAGUGAGUUGACCUCCCCUCAUCGUCAUCAUCAUCAUCAGUUUAUUCAUUUUACAAUAAAUAAAACAUUUAUAAGGGCCAUAAGACCUCUUAUUAGAAAAGUAGGACAAGGGAAAUUUGAAACAAGACAAAAUAGUAGUCCUGUUAGCCUUUAUCCUCUUCGAGAAGCCAAAAAAAGUUAUUUUGAUUAUGAGAUCAGCCUUUUUUCUUUAGCUUGCUUGUUGGAAAUUUGAUAGGAAAAACUUCAUUUUACAAGACUUUUUCCAGAGUCCUUGUUCUGUGUGCUCAAGCCAGCGCUCAGCUUUGGCGUCGCAACGGUUUCUCACUUGUCAACCAAAUCCAUAACUAUUUCUCGCCUCUCUGUCGAAACGAGAUGUAUGACAGAGAUAUCCUGAUGAUGCAGGUACAUCUCCCCUUGGAAUGACUUCUAUUUGCAAAAAGGUCGGCGCUGCGCGUCUGAGGCCCCAGGACUUUGUCCUGCACCUUCUGAGCCGCUACAGACUCGCCAGCUGGGCCGAAGCGGCUCACGACGGAACGACUCGCGGCGCGACUCCCUACGGACGCAUGGAGCCCGAGGAAAUGAGCAAAAUAACGGUGAUCGUCGCGGAAGAGCUCUUCCACUUGCUCAUCAUUAUCAUCGGUUUGUUCUUCUUUUUUGAUGCUUACUGGGUGAGAAGCAGCAGGCUUGUGAGAGGGCCGGCCCGUCAGCUUUUUAUUUUCCGAGCCCGGCCCGACCUUAGGAAGCCUUAAGCGAAAAAUGGCCGGCCCGAAAAGCUCAAAUUUUCUGCUUUUUGCCGUAUUUUUACGGAAAAGUGAUUUUUGUGCUCAUUUUCUCACAUAGAGUUAUCAGAAACUACUCAGGGACUCUAGAGCGGUCCCUAUAGGGGCAACUUCAGGGACUUAUUUGCUAAUUAGAAUCCGAAGAUAAUUGAGUAAAUAAACGUUUUUGAAUGAAAUUGAAAGACCCCCAUAGGUUCCACUUAAGCUUUAGCGGCCAAGGGCUCUGACCCUAAAAUUUUACCUCUUCAGGGGAUAUUUUUUCAAUGAAAUUUAAUCUUUUUUUCUUUCGAAGCUUGGCCUGACGCAUAAGCCUAACUUGCAGACGUCUGUCAGAUCACUCGAAUUUUCAACUGACUUUCUCGUCUCACUAGCAUGUCGUAAUAUACUGAGAAACUGCUAAAAUGAGACUGAAGCUCAAGAAUGAGCUCUCAUCAACAAAUUAUUUUUUCUAAGAACGUAUUCCUGAAAAUUAGAAAGCUAAGUUAAACAUUUUUCAGUCUUCUUUCUAUAAAAAAUUUAUUUUCAAAUCAUUAUUCGCAGGAGAAGAAAAUCUAGUUUUUCAUUCCCAGAAGGUUAAUAGGUUCCGCAAAUGCCCAUGGAAACGAGUCAAAAUUAUUUUGGCAAAUUUUUAGGUGAACGCUAUCUUCCUGGUGUCGGGGAGACGACCUUGUUGAACUUCUUGAAGCGAGAAGUUGUUCAUGUCCUCUGUACUGGAUCUCAACCAUACAGCACUGUUUGAAUAGAAGUUCCUUCCAUUUUUCAAUCAUUUGCUUAAGCUUCAACAAAAAAUGUCUCAUGAUAUUCUAUUGGAAAAGGUUCCUCUGCACGAGGCGGUGAACGCUGUUUCGGACUUCCGGUUUGUUCUUCCGUUUCUUCCAAUUCACUUUUUGUUGUUUUAAGGAAGCCGGUCGCAACCUCGGCUGGCCAGUUCCAUUUGAGGGAGUCUUUCUAUUGCGAGUACAAUCCGUUCUUCUACCAUUACUCGAGAAGCGACCAGUCUCAAGCCGAACAGUACCAGCAUAAAAUCCGAUCAAAUCUCAGCGACAAGUAAGAAGGGAUACUUAUCUUGAAAGUUCAUCGGCAUUUCAGCAAUUUGCGAGCUUGUCCUCCACCGAUGCCGCCAAAGUUCACCCCAUUUUUCUCGUCGAUUCCCAACAUCCUGUUGACUCCCGUUCUAAUCAAAAUAUUCCGUGUGGUUUUGGAGCGAACGGCACGUCGCAAUCGGUUUUCCAGCGAUCGUCUGCUUCAUAAGGUUGAGAAAGGCGCCAUCCAACGACGAAGACCCAUUUUACAGAGCGUCUACCUUAUAGCCAUGGCUUUGAACGAGCAAACUCGCGAUCCCGGUUUCGAAUUCACAAGAAUCGCCCAAGAAACGUGUGAUCUACUCUCUGCCAUCGAAGCGUUGAGAAACCGGCAGGAGGGUGCGAUCUGCCACCUACUGAUUGACUGGGUCGUCCUGGUUUGGAAACUCGUUCAAUCCUCUUUCUAUCAAGUAUAUGUGAACAGAAGUACCGAGAACUGAUGAAUACGAAGAUAGAAGGUCCGGAGGAGAAGGAAGAGAAAAAUGAGGAAGAGAACCGCGAGACGGUCGAAGAAGCCAAAGCGAGAAGGGCUGCCAGAGCUGCUCAAAUGCGAGCGAAUGCAAUGCAACAGGUGACAAAACUCUUAGGAACUCCAGAGUGGUCUGUAUAGGGGCCCUUGGAGGGUUUUUUCUAGGGACCACUUUACCAACCUCUACAGAAGUCUAAGACUUGCAAAAGAGUCAAAAAGUCCUUAUAGGGGUUUUAGUUAGUGGCUCCCAAAGAGGACAUGCUAAUCGAUGACUUUUAUGAAAUCUAUGAGCUUUAGAGACUAACGAGUCUGACUUUAAACCCCUAUAGGAAGCACCUUAAGUUUAACCCUCUAGGGACCAAUUUUUCGGCCCUCAUAAGGGCUGUUCUUCUCUCUAACCCCUAUAGGAGUCACUCUGAAAUUCCUAAGCUUGUCCUGAAAUAAAUCCAAUCUUGUUCAGAUGACAAACAUGCAGCAACGGUUCAUGAAUCAAAUGGAGGAAGAGCGAACAAACGAGGAAAUGACGGAAGAAAAUUCGAACACCUCACAUGCGCUCCACAGCGAAGACGAAGACAAAGUCCGCCAGAUUCCGUCUUCACAGAACUUUCCCGUUUGUUUGGGCCCCAACAGGUGGAGAGCCGAGGUUUGAGAAGAAGCAUAGAAAUCAGGUCGUUCUGGGUCUACAGGUGGUCAUAGAUCGUACCCUGACUUGUAUCUUGUGCCAGGAAAAGGAGCUGGUCCAUCCUACCAACGGGAAUCCGAUGGUCUGCGCGGCUUUUGUGCAGCAGUAAGUUUCCAGAGAAAAAAGCCAAAAGUUGUGUUUUCCCAACAUCAAGCUUAAUAUUCUUCAAUCCAGGCUUUUUCCUGUGCUCUGCCCUAUACUUAACUAUAUUUUAUAGUUUAUCACAAAGAUGUGGAAAUUAAGGAAAAGGCAAAGUAUCCUGCAUUUUUUCCCAUUUUCUCUAGUGUAACAAGGACUCACUAGAUUGAGAACUGUGCCUCCGAAAAUAUCGUAGAAAUAUUUUACGGACUGUAGGCAUCGACUACUUCACAUAUGCUGAACGAGAAUCAAGUGGACUUUGAAUAAAAUUGAGUAGAGAUGGAAAUUCUUAUAAAUUAACGCGGAAUUGUAUCGGGACAACGGCUCAGGGUAAUCCAUAUCUCGGGCAGUAAUUCACAAAAAAUAUCAAAAAAUGGUUCAGAAACAACGACUAGACGCAAUAAUUUUAUUAAAACGAGAGAAACGAAAAAAGAGAUUAUGUGAUAGAGAGAAAUGAUUAUCAUGAUCAAUAAUGAGAGAAGAUUUGAUGAAGAGGAUAAGAUCAAACAAUGAUCUGUGGCCAAAGAGAGAGCGAAAUAUAGUUGUGAUUUAGAGAGUUCGAUUUUAAGUAUUUUUCACUAGAAUGUCCUCUAUAGGACCGCUUUUACGAGCUUUAGUGUCCCCUUAAGGGUUGGCAAACUGGUCUUUAGCGGGGACCCUCCAAGUACCCCUAUAGGAACCACUCUGGACUUCCUAAGGAUGUAGCUUUUUAUUGGGUUUUUGAUUUUAUUGAAGAAGAAAGAGAAAAAUUAACAAGAAACUGUUGAGGUCGCAACUCUUCACGCACAAGAGCGAAACGGCCUCUCUGGGAACCCACGACCAACUCGUCGCUCCGUCGACCCUUCGCCACGGGAUCGACGCCUCCACCUGCUCGCACACCAUGCACUACGAGUGCUACAAACAGUUCAGAUCUUCUUUUUUUUUUUCCAAUAUAGACAUGCCUUCAGACUUGCCGAUUCUUCUAGAAACCGAGACGGGCUUCGAACGCGCCAACAAAUAAUGUACAAUCAGAGGAUGGUCGAUCCAGAGGUUCCUCCACCUUUUUUUUUGUCAGUGAAGUUUUUCUGUUCAGGGCGGAGAGUACCAGUGUCCCUUGUGCAAACGCCUUUCCAACGCGGCAAUGCCCAUCCUUCCUGCCAUGCAAAGCACAGACGUUUCUGGGUACAAAGCCGAUCUUUCUUCCUUUUCAACCCUUUCGAAUAGGUUUUCCACGGUCUCUGCUAGUGAGAAUGACACUUUCAACGACUGGAUCACUCGACUUCGUCAUCUUCUCGACGUCUCUUCCUGCGGCGCGGAUGUUCGCAAAAAAGGGCACAGCAGAAAAAGGUUUUUUCGAAAAAUCCAUUCUCUCUUUACACGUUAAUGCAGAUCGCAUUCGGAGAGGUCUUUGUUGGACCUAGAGAAGCAAUCGAAUACCGAAAAGGCAAAAGAAGAGGAGGCCGUGGCGGCGUCGGUCGAUGGCGCUGAAUCGAACCUCUCGACGUCUGUUCCCUCGUCUUCGGCCAUGUCCGUUCUCCUUUCCACUCCCAAGACUUCUUCCACUGAAAUGGGUUUCUUCUUCAUUCCAUCUCUCGAAUCCCAUCAUUGGUAUUUAAGAAACGGACGAAACUACAAGCGAUUUUUACAACGAACUGGCAGCCAUUUGGAAUCAUGAUGCCUCUGGAAACGUGAGUUCGAAGUUUUAUUCGUGAUAAUCUGGAGACUGUAGCAGGCACAGUUGUCUCCUGCCACCACGCCAGAACCGACGCCCACAAGCGGAACUACAAGCGGAAGUUCGACACCUUCAAAGCCCUCGGAGGAGCGCAAGGCGUUCAGCGCCAUCCAACACGCCCUGUGCAACCUGAUUCGUCCCAUUCCGGCCAUCAUCAACCCUAAUAGAUUAUGUGGACCCGCUGUCGAACAAUAUGAAGACGCUAUCAAGGACUUUGGCAAGUGUCUCGUCGCUGUUAGUUGCCCUUUUCCCUGAAGCCUUGAAAACAAAAGAGCCUCAGUUCCGACGUCGCGGAAGCGAACAGAAAGCGCGUUUCUUGGAGAAGCAUCUUCGAGGCAUCGUCACGGCUUCGGUGACCUGGCAGAGCACGGCCCACGUCGCCAGAGCCAUCUCCGCUUAUCUGCAGUUCGACAACAAACCUCUGUUUGGCGCUUUGAAUACGCGACACGUCAGUUAUCUUCUUUUCUUCAAACACUCUCUGAAUGUCCCUAUAGGGGCAACCUUAAUGGCCCUUUGAGGGACCACUUAACCGCUAUAGAAACUCUUAGCGCUUGUAAAAGUAGUCUCUAUAGGGGUUUCAGUCAGUGGCUCUUAUAGGAGACAUGCUAGUCGACACUUUUCAUGAACUUUAUGUGAAGAAGUAUUUUCAUGCGAAAAACUGAAUGAAUAAGCUUUUUUAAGUGAAUUGAUAGACCCCUAUAGGGACCCCUUAAGCUUUAGCUUUAGCUUAAGGGGUCAGAUUCUAAACCACUAUAGGGACCACCUUGAUUUUAUCCCUAUAGUGUCCACUUUCUCUGCCCUUAACUUCUAUAGGGAUCACUCUAAAGUUCUUAAGUUGAUUCUCGAUUUUUAAAAAGCAGUUUUAGUGAUUCGCCAAAAAAUUCCAAACCCAGUUAUGAAAACUCAUUCGACAGGUCUUCUAGGUUUUUAUAAAAUAAAAAAUUACAGCGCGAUUGUCUAUGCGCCAUGACACGUCUUUGCGCUUCUGUUUCCUAUAACAUGCAGAUGCUGCCCAACGCAAUUGCGGACAUGCUUCGAAUCCUCCUGUGCGAGCCUCCAAAGCCCAGAGUGAGUCUGGCUUCCCCGUCACGAUCCCCAUAUCGUUCUCAGGCUCCAGUGGUUCUGCAAACUUUUUCCUCGACUCCUGUCAAUUCGAGUAUCGGUCCUUCUGGGAACCGCGUCACUUCACAUCAACUUCCAGUGCGAUUCACUCUGUUCGUGCAGCUGUUCAGCCCCACAGGCUCCAAAAAACAAGCCAACCUCAACAUUCUUCACGUCGACAUUCUGAGUCUGACGGCAAGCAGUCUCUGCGUUUCAAAGAAAAACUAGACGAUCUUCAGGUCUCACUUAUGAUGUCGAUUGGUUGGACGUGGCACAAUGGUGUGCAGAAGCUUCAGCCGUCCGUUCCGACGCCGAAGCAGAUACGACAACUCGUGCCGGAUGGGUCCAUCGACGAGCUCUACGUCCUCCGUCUCUGUCUCAUCGCUUCUUACUACCAGGUUCCAAAAUGUUUACAAAGUAUGGAAGCGACAUUCGGCGAGUUUCAGAUCAUCGCGACGUUCAACGACGAUCAGCAAGAUGACGAGAUGCUUGAUGAGGAGGAAAAGUUGGAUAUGGAAAGCACCUACGCACAAAUCCAGAAGCUCUGGAACAUUUCUCGGCCAGGCGAAACUCUUCGUCGUGUCAACUCUCUCUAUAAGGUUUUGCAUCUCACAAACUUACACUGAAACUAUUUUCAGGCUCUCGAGGAGGGAUCAGUCCUGCUCUUACGACCCAUCGCUCUUAUCUAUCACUUUCUCACUUUGGUUGAUCCCCCAGAGGCUUUGAAAGGUACCAAUUAGUGGAAAUGAUUGAUUCUUACGGCUUUCAGAUCCUUCUAUCAACUCAACGGAAGCACUUUACCGGUAUUUGGGAUUACCGCAUCGCAUGGAGGAUCAAAUUACGGGUCAAACAGUCGAAGAUCUUUUCACUUUGUGAGCCCAAUCCUCAUGACCCACGGUGAACUGGCGGUUGCAGAUGGGCGCCUUCUCUGCCCCAGGAGCCCAGUGCUCGGGCCGACGUCGUCCGUCAGCCAGUCCGUCCCAAUCUCCUCAUCGAUCUUCCCUUUAAGUACAGCGAUCUUAUCAACAACGUGUCUAAUUUCCGGUUUAGACCUUGUUUUUUCUUCUUAUUUUUCUUUUUUUGAAGGUGUCCCUCGAUUCCUAUCGAAGAACCAACUUCGAACAUCCCCACAAUUUGUCUUGUAUGUGGUCAGGUGCUCUGCUCUCAAGGAUACUGCUGCCAGAAAAUUGUUUCUUUGUUCUUCAAGUUGUUAAAAUCGAAUGAGCUUCAGAUAAACAAGGAAACUUUGGGCUCUUGUCGGUAUCACAUGCGUACCUGUUCGGGUUCUGUGGGUGCAUUUUUGCGGUAAGUCAUCGAAAAAUUCCUCGCCCAAACUCGGUCUUCAGUGUACGCGAUUGUACAGUUUUCAUGAUGACGACGAGAAAACGGGGAUGCUUCCGAGCUGCGCCAUACGUCGACGAGUUCGGCGAGGUUGAUCAGGGUUUCAGGUCUGCCUCUCCCUUUGACUUCUGAUCGAUACGUCUUGUUUCAGACGAGGUAAUCCAUUGCACUUGAACGCGGAACUGUACCACAAACUCAAGUUGCUCUGGAUCCAACAAGGGAUCACUGAAGAGGUUUCGAGCUCCCCGUCUAUUUCUUUUUCAAUCCAUUUCCAGGUCGUCAACCGGUACGAUAUGGACCACCGGAAUAUGCAGUUCGAUUGGGCCCAUUUCUAA